CAUCCCUAGCAACCCAUCAUAAAUUCAUAAUUACCACAGAAGAACUAGCUACUCUCACAAAAAAAUCUGUGGAAAUGGUUCACUCCUAUAAGACUCUUUCCCAACUCCGCCUCCUCUUACCUCUCCGCUUCUCUUUACUUCUGCUUCUCUCAUCAGUUUACACUGUUGCUGACAAGUACUUCAUCAACUGUGGAGCAAGCUCCAACGCCAGCUUCUACAACAACAGCCAGGACUUUGUUCCUGACAUCAACUCUAAUUUCCCUUGUUUCUCAACUGGGAAAAGUGAACAAGUCAGCAACACAUCAGCAUCGAUUCAAGAACUAUAUCAAACAGCAAGAGUUUACAGACAGCCAUGUUCUUAUAGCUUUGAAAUCGAGCAGAAUGGUACUUACAUAGUACGCCUCCAUUUCUUUGCUUACCUGUCACGUGUUGCUAAUCUAUAUGAUGCACUGUUCAAUGUUUCGGCUUCUGGGUUUUCACUUUUAACCAAUUUCAGCAUCCGAAACAGCAGUGGUUCUCCGGUGAUCAAGGAAUUCUUCCUCACCAUCCCACAAGGAGAGUUUAAAAUCCAUUUCAUACCUUCUCAAGACUCCUCUUUGGCUUUCGUAAACGCCAUAGAAGUCUUUCUUGCCGACGAGACCCGCAUCACUGAUAAUGUUACUCGCGUUACUUCUGCUGGAAAUGUUGGUAACUACAAAGGUUUGCUCUCUCAGUCUCAGGUUCUGCAUACAAUCCAUAGGAUCAACUUUGGAGGUUCCCAAAAUGAAUUCGAUGACUUGUGGAGGAAUUGGGUACUAGAUGAUAGUUACUUAAUACUCAACCGCGAUUCUGCAAAGAACAGCACGCCUCAUAGUCAAACGCCUAAUUACGACCCUGCACGGGCCACAAAGUAUACUGCCCCAGAUCGUGUCUACCAGACAGCCAAACAAUUGAAGGAAGUCAGUGGCAACAACGCCAGUCUCCUAAAUUUAACUUGGCGUUUUCCUGUCAGUAAGAAUACUAGACACUUUGUUCGGGUCCAUUUCUGUGACAUAAUGAUUCUGGAUUUACGAAUUUUAGUAUAAGCCCUUCAGAGCAUGACUCUCCCAUUCUUAAUGCGUUUUUGAAUGGGCUGGAGAUUAUGGAGUUCAUGAAGACAUCAGGUCCCAUACUGGUGGAAUGUGAACCAGUUACAAACAAGAAACACUCCCCUGUUAUAAUGAUCAUUGGUUCUGUAUGUAGUGGGGCAUUUGUAAUUUUGAUGACAGUUGUGGCGUGGCGUUUGAAAUGCAGGAAAUCAGUGCCUGACCAAAGUUUGACAAAGCUUCUUUUUGGAUGGCUAAGUUUAAACAGGUUGCCUGAAGGAAGUGCUAAUUCAUCCUUACCUUCGAAGCUGAACCUCAGUUGGAGGAUAUCUUUUGGUGAAAUAAUGUAUGCAACUAAGAACUUCAAUGCAAAAUUUUUUAUUGGUGAGGGUGGAUUUGGCAAAGUCUACAAAGGAACUCUUCGGGAUGGUACGAAAGUGGCAGUAAAACGAAGUGAAGCAAGGCAUGGGCAGGGUAUUGAGGAAUUCCAAACGGAGAUCAUUGUGUUAUCUCAAAUCAGGCAUCGCCAUCUUGUUUCUUUGAUUGGAUACUGUGA